GCCAAAGAGGAAAAACAGGUUGCCCCGAGCAGGAAAGGGGGCGGGCCGAGGCGGAGAGAGUUUAAAGGCCCGCCAAACUGGUCUUGGCGCCCAAGAUUUGGGAGCGCUUCGCCAUGGCUGGUUGGCUUCUUCUCCUCAUCGCGGGCAGCCUCUGGGCGAGCUCCUGCGGGGAAAGUAACAGGCCGACGUGUGGUUAUCCGCCGCAACUUUGGUGCAGUUCCAAAGAGAUCGCCCAAGCCUGCCAGGUGGAGAAGCAUUGCACCAGGUUGAUCUCCAACACCCCGAAAGCCGACCCUGUCUCUAUCAGCCUCUACUAUGAAUCCCUCUGUCCUGGUUGCCGCGAGUUUCUUGUGCUGAUGCUCUUUCCCACUUGGUUGAUGCUAGGAGAUAUCAUGAACAUCACUUUAGUCCCCUACGGGAAUGCAGAGGAGAAGAAAGAGGCCACAAAAUGGCACUUUGAAUGCCAGCAUGGGGAAGAGGAAUGCUUGGGGAACAUGAUAGAGGCUUGUAUCAGUCAUCUGUACCCGAACUUCGAUUUUCUACUCAUCUUCUGCAUGGAGUCAAGUACAGAUGUCGUCACCAGCUUGCCACUGUGCCUGAAAUUGUACGCUCCUAACGCCUCUCUAGCAGAUAUCAAUGCAUGUGUGAAUGGAGACCUAGGUAACAAGCUUAUGCAUAGGAAUGCUGAACUCACCAGGGCUCUGAAACCACAUCAUGAGUAUGUGCCAUGGAUUCUCAUCAAUGGGGAGCACUCUGAAAAACUUCAAACUCAGGCACAAAAGUCUCUCUUCAAUUUGGUUUGCAGCUUGUAUAAGGGAGAUUUGCCACCUGCCUGCAACAGGCCAAAGGAACUUUCUUUUCUUCCUUUUUCCCCAAAUCAAACUUUCUUGAGGAAGUCCGCACCCAACUUGUCCGAGGGGGAGGAGACAGUUUAUCAGUCUGCCCAAGGAAAAGCAAAGGAAACCUUUUAGGAUUUUAAUCCUACAUGUAAUCCAUCUGUUGAAUUUUCCUGCUCCUACAAGGUGGAGCUUAGGUCUGGAAUGUAAUGAAGUCAAGGAACUCUUUCAAGGAGGCAGAAGAAGAAAAAUCAAAUGUUUUGGGAAGAAGAGUGGCAUCUUGGUUUUUUGGUGCUAUAAGAAUAAACCUUUGGAAAGGUAGCUUCUGUCACUCUUUAGCAGGAAUUACAUAUUUUAACCUCAUAAAAGUUGCUGAUUUUACCCUCA